AUGCACUCUCUACCACACACUACACCGAUUUUCCCCAACCGGUGUCUCCUCCGCUCAACAAUCCGGCCAAACUCUACGCGCCGCCGCCUCUGGGCUCGAUCAUCAAUAUCGAGCUUACAUGAAGAAAGCAACGAGACUAAGACGAUGGCUUCGGCAUCGACGACGAAGCGAGUGGUACUCGUGAGGCAUGGGCAAAGCACGUGGAACGAAGAAGGAAGGAUUCAAGGGAGCUCCGAUUUCUCCGUUUUGACGAAGAAAGGCGAGACCCAGGCCGACAUUUCUCGCCAGAUGCUCAUCAACGACUCCUUCGAUGUCUGCUUCACCAGUCCAUUGAAGAGAUCAAAGAAAACAGCUGAAAUCAUAUGGGGAAGUCGAGAAAGUGAGAUGAUUCCGGACUACGAACUCAGAGAAAUUGAUCUUUACUCUUUUCAAGGUCUAAUUAAGAAAGAGGGGAAAGAAAAGUUCGGUGAAGCUUUCAGGCGAUGGCAAGAAGAUCCAGCAAACUUCAACAUCGAUGGCCACUACCCAGUAAGAGAGUUAUGGUCACGUGCUCGAAGCUGUUGGCCUAAUAUUCUUGCUCACGAGAGCAAGUCUGUUCUUGUUGUUGCUCAUAACGCUGUGAACCAGGCUCUUCUAGGAACUGCAAUUGGUUUGGGAGCAGAAUAUUUCAGGAGUUUGUUACAGAGCAAUUGCGGUGUAAGCGUUCUUGAUUUCACACCAAGAGCUGACGGUGCAUCUCCUCACGUAUGUCUUAAUCGACUUAAUCAGACACCUAAUUCGCCUCUAGCCGGUGGAAGUUCUGAUGGCCGGAAAGCUAUUAAGCAGAUCAUACUUGUCUGCCAUGGAGUAACUGGUCAGGGGGAUAAUAAGGCUGCUAAUGACCAACCAAUGAACAUGCUUGGUGUGAUACAGUCGCAGAAAACCGCAGAGCUUCUUCUUGAUUUAAAGGUCACUUCAAUAGUUUGUAGCUCUAAAGCAGCCUCCAUUGAGACUGCUGGAGUGAUAUCCCGAGUGCAAGAAGCUGCAGGUUGUUUAGGUGUAGAUAGUGUACCUCGCUAUGUGAAAACGAAACAAACGAAUGAGCUUGACGUUGAAGACAUUAUUAGCAAAUCCAACAAGGACGAAGCUGUGAGUAGUGCAUCAAUCCAACCUGGUUGGCUAAGUCAGUUAGACGAAGAAGCGGUUUCAGCUCUGUGGAACAGAUCCGGGAAAGCCUGGGAAUCACUCUUAGACGAGCUAUCCGACGAGGAUAAGUCGAACCAAGGAGAUGCAAUGGUGGUGGUUGGUCACCCAAUGGCUCACAUAUCGCUCAUUGCACAAUGCCUUAGCCUCAAUAAAGAAGGGCUCGGGUUCUUCCACCUAGACGCAGGCAGCAUUAGCGUCAUAGAGUUUCCGGAUGGUCCUAGCCGAAGAGGAGUGAUCCGUUGCACAAACUACACGGCUCAUCUAGGAAGAUGGUCCGUUCCCAUCACAAGACCUGGCUGA